AUGGCCUCGGACCCGUUUUUAGAAUUCUGCGAGAAGCUCAAGGAAAUGGCGUCCACGAGCACUGACCAGUGGUCGUCCUUAUCGUCGGACCCGGCAGAAGUCACAGAGGUCGCCGGGCCUCGAACCGCGGAGGGCUCGCUUGAUAUCCCUGAUCUACAGGCCAUCGUUCAGGAAACCGACUGGGACCUUCCACCUUUUGAGCCGCAAGAGGUUCCCAGCUUCGGAAAUGGGAGUUCAACGUUCAGUCACAUAGGGACACCAUUCAGGUCCCCAGAAGGCAGCUCUUCCAUCCAAGAGCCGGCGCCGUUCAUGGGAUACCCGUGGCUGGCUGAUCCUGCCACAGAACCCUACCUCAACCUGCCCUACGAUCAUCAGCCGCACUACAUCGGCCAAUGGGAUGCCACUGCUACCCAGAUGCAUUGGUAUUCAAUGGGCCUCAACCACGGCCUCGCUUUCAACGCGCCCCAUGUUGCGUCGUAUGACGUAACCAGCGCACCAAUCCCUGGCCUACCAUAUGUAGGGCAGGAGAUUCAAUCCAUUGAUUACACCAACAGCGGCUACGGCUACGGCUACACCGCUACCCCCGCUCCCGACACACGUCGUCCUCGUUCCAAGAAGGCUCGCACCAGGUUCCGGCAAUCCCACGUCGUCAGGAAGCCAAGGACUUGGACGCCCGCUGCACGGAAUUAUCAAUGCAGCGACUGCCAUGAAUGGUUCUCGCGCAGCGGUGUGCGCGACCGCCACAUGACAACAGGCUGCACCAAGGGCAAGCAGCAGGAGUGGCAAUGCCCGAUCUGCCUCAAAAUGUACUCCCGCACCGACUCGCGCGGGAGGCAUUGCCACAGCCAGCACAACAUGUCGUACAGGGAUGCAGUAGAGUGGGUCAAGGAAAGAAUGACCAACAGGGACGCAAGCGAGAACGAAGGCUCACCUGCACCGCCUGAUGACUACUAG